AUGUCAAGGAAUCUCUUGCGCCAGACCGGCCGCAUUGCCGGUGCUGUUUCGGCUUCUGGCAGAAUAGCUGCGUCCCGCGUCCUCACCCCUGCACCCUUCAAUGCUGCAUCAAAACAGAUCCGAUCAUAUGCUGCCGACGCCAAAGCAUCCCCUACCGAAGUCUCCUCCAUCCUCGAGCAAAGAAUUCGUGGUGUACAAGAAGAGGCUGGCCUCGCUGAAACUGGUCGUGUCCUGUCCGUUGGUGAUGGUAUUGCUCGUGUCCAUGGCUUGAGCAACGUCCAAGCCGAGGAAUUGGUCGAAUUCGCUUCCGGUGUCAAGGGCAUGUGCAUGAACUUGGAAGCUGGUCAAGUCGGUGUUGUGCUUUUCGGUUCUGAUCGUCUUGUCAAGGAGGGCGAAACCGUCAAGCGUACCGGCCAGAUCGUCGAUGUUCCCGUCGGACAGGCUAUGCUUGGACGUGUCGUCAACGCUCUCGGUGACCCUAUCGAUGGAAAGGGACCUAUCAAGACCGAAAAGCGAUCUCGAGCUCAACUCAAGGCUCCUGGUAUUCUUCCUCGACGAUCCGUCAACCAGCCUGUACAGACUGGCCUGAAAUCCGUCGACGCCAUGGUGCCCAUUGGACGUGGUCAGCGAGAGUUGAUCAUUGGUGAUCGUCAAACUGGAAAGACCGCUGUUGCUCUUGACGCCAUCCUCAACCAAAAGAGAUGGAACAACGGUAACGAUGAGACCAAGAAACUUUACUGCGUCUACGUGGCUGUUGGUCAAAAGCGAUCCACAGUUGCUCAAUUCGUCAAGACUCUUGAAGAAAACGACGCCAUGAAGUACUCCAUCGUCGUUGCUGCCACCGCCUCCGAAGCUGCUCCUCUCCAAUAUAUCGCUCCCUUCACUGGGUGCGCAAUCGGAGAAUAUUUCCGUGACAACGGUAUGCAUGCUUUGAUCAUCUACGAUGAUUUGACCAAGCAGGCUGUUGCUUACCGACAAAUGUCUCUCCUGCUCCGUCGUCCCCCUGGACGUGAGGCUUAUCCCGGUGACGUUUUCUACCUCCACUCUCGACUCCUGGAACGUGCUGCCAAGUUGAACGAUAAACACGGUGGUGGUUCCCUAACUGCUCUGCCCGUCAUCGAGACCCAGGGUGGUGAUGUGUCUGCCUAUAUUCCUACCAACGUCAUUUCCAUCACUGAUGGUCAGAUCUUCUUGGAAUCCGAGUUGUUCUACAAGGGUGUUCGUCCUGCCAUCAACGUCGGUCUUUCCGUGUCCCGUGUCGGUUCCGCUGCCCAGCUCAAGGCCAUGAAACAGGUCGCCGGUUCUUUGAAACUCUUCUUGGCUCAAUACCGAGAGGUCGCCGCCUUCGCCCAAUUCGGUUCUGAUCUCGAUGCCGCCACCAAGCAAACUUUGAACCGUGGUGAACGUCUUACUGAGCUCCUCAAGCAAAAACAAUACUCUCCUAUGGCUGUCAACGAGAUGGUUCCCCUCAUCUAUGCCGGUGUCAAUGGUCACCUUGACCCUGUCCCUGUUAACAAGAUUCUGCAAUGGGAGUCUGACUUCCUCGCACACUUGAAGAGCGACCAGCAAGAACUCCUCCAGAGAAUUGACAAGGAAGGCCAAUUGAGCAAGGACCUUGAGGCUCAAUUGAAGGACGUUGUUGUCAGCUUCACCAAGAGCUUCACAUAA